AUGGUCGAGACGCUCGCCAAGACGCCGGUGAGCCGCAGCAAGAGCAGCAAGGGCAGCCGCGUGAGCAAGGCCAGCGACAAGCGCUCGUGGAUGACGUCCAUGAGCCGGCGCUCCGUGAGCCGCGUGCACUCGCCCUUCAGCCUGCACACGCGCGUGGCGCACGUGCUGGCCGAGGACCGGCGGGACGCACUGGACCCUAGUUCUAGGGUCUGCACAACCUGGAGUCAACUGCUUUUGCUGCUGAUCCUGGCCGAGACCUUCCUGCUGCCGUAUUUAUUGGCCUUCGAGCCCUCGGCCAUGGAGCAGGUUUCGCUGCUGUUCCUGCUGCUGGCGGCCUGUGAGGGGUUCUUCGCUCUGGACCUGUUCGUACAGGCACAUACGGGCUACUAUCGGGACGGCAACCUCAUCCGAGACAAAGUAGAUACACGACGAAGGUACCUCUGCUCCAGACAAUUCGUGCUGGAUCUGGUGGCCAUCCUGCCAGGCCAGGCCUUGGUGCUGGUGUAUCCGGAUAUUGUGCUCAAGACGAUGUUUUUGAAGCUAUUCCGAUGGUCCCGACUGCCGCAGCUUCUGUUGCUUCUGGACGAGCUGUACGCCAAGAACUUCGUCGCGCUUAAACUGCUCAAGGUCUUGGUCUCGACGGUGUACCUGGCGCACAUUUUGGCGUGCGUGCGGCACAGCUUCGGCUACGACGAGAGCGGGACGAAUUUGUGGCUGCCACAGACUCGACGGCCGAGUGAGUCUCUGCUCAGAGAUUAUUUAGCGGCGCUGUUCUGGAGCGUGGGGAUCAUGACGGGGUACUUUGAAGGGGAAAUCCCGCGCCACAUCUCCGAGUUUCUGUUUACGAUACUGGUGGCGCUCUGCGGGUUUUCCGUGUUCGUGACAAUAUGCGCAACGAUAUUCGUGAUAUCCAAGUGUCAAAGCGGAAAUACUGAAGCGGUGGAGGCACGAAUAAACCAACUUGUGCAUGUACUCUCCUUCCACAGGGUUCCGGAAUACCAACAAGCGAAGGCGAUUGAGUACCUCCAGCGCUAUUACACUGAUGCUGAGUCGACGGAUCGGGACACGGCCAAGAUCCUGUGCCCGUCAAUAGCCAACGACAUCCAGGUAGAACUGCUCAAGUCGACGAUCGCCCGGGUCCCGAUCUUUGAUGGUUACAGUGACAGAUUUAUCGUGGCUAUCACGAGCCUUUUGGAGAUGAUUGCCGUUCCUGCGCAGACAACUUUGAUUUCUCCAGAGACGUACGGUCAUGCGAUGUACGUUGUGGGCUCGGGGGUUUUCGCUAUUCUCGUUCAGUCCGUGUCCCUGUCGCGGUUCCACUGUGAGCGAGUGCUUGAAGGAUAUCCCGACUGUGCCGGUGUGAUCGCGGGUCAUGUGAACUAUAUGCUUCGCAAGGCCAACAGCAAUCAGCUUUCAAAUGUGCUUUCCGUUGGGGACGAGCACAAGACUGCGGAUGCGCUCAUGAUUUUUAUGGAGCUUACAUUUCUUCUGGACACAUUUGUCCGAUCCCGUCUUGGCUUUUACGAGUACGGAAACAAAGUCAUGGAGCUACAGCGCAUCAAGCACAAGUAUCUCAAGUCGGGAACCUUCGCUAUGGAUAUUGUUGUAUUAGUUCCGCUAUAUGUCGUCAACUGGGAGGUGCCUGUCCACUACCGAUGGAAUCUAAUUAACGUGAACAAGCUGCUGCGCUUAUUCAAGUUUCCCAGACAGCUGCAGGCUCUUGAAACGCGAUAUCUGAAGCUAACGACGGAGCUGCACUUGUUCAAGCUGCUUUACUACACGUUCAUGCUGUCGCAUUUCCUGGCGUGUAUGUGGUUUAACUUCGCGUCCAAGGCUGCAGUCCCGAGCAUUACUUCGACUGUGACGGCGUUCGGUAUCGACGCGUGGUUACCAGGCAAAAACCUGGAGAAGGCCUCGCUGAUGCUCCAGUACAUGGCUUCUCUGUACUGGUCUUUCGGCCUAAUGUCAUCUUCAGGCAACUCUGCGUUCCCCCAGACCACAGCUCAAAGCAUCUUUAGCGUGGUCACGAUGGCGUCUGGAUUCUUCCUCUUCGCUUACGUGGUGGGCAACUUCGUGGUGGGCAACUUCACGGACAUAAUCGACCUCACAAGCUCCAAGGCUCGAAAUUUUAACGCCAAGAUGGGCGCUGUGCGUCAAAUGCUCGACCACUUCGCUAUGGCAGACGCUCUCCAGGAGCGUGUGAAGACUUUUCUACUCUUCAAGCGUCACCACACCAUCACAGAGGAGCACAUCCUCGUGCAUUGUCUUCCCCCUUCGUUGCUCACAGAUAUUCGCCUGGUGUACAUGAAGCCUAUGAUCGAUAAAGUGGAAUUUCUCACGGGCAUGGAGUCGUCUAUUACGCGCAUGCUCGUCUCGCAGUUUCAGCAAGUUCUCGUUUCCCGCGGCGAAUUUGUUUUCAAGCUGGGCGAAAGUGGAAGUGACAUGUUCUUUAUAUUUACGGGGGUUCUACACGUAUUGUUGCCAUCCCGGGUAGCAAAUCCGACUAAAACAACGUUUAAAAUCGUCGCUGAGAUUUUAGCCGGGCGAAUGGAGGUUGUGGACGGCGCGUCAUCCCACGCUGACCCCCAAGAGAACGAUAUUAUCGCCGGUAUGAAGCACAAAUCCGUCAAAGACGAGUUGAAGAAAGUCAGCAAAGUCUCGGAUGGCAGCUACUUUGGCGAAAAUGCAUUCUUCACCAACAAGAAACACGACGCGUACAUCCAGGAGCACACCUCCUGCAUCUUGUACCGGUUAUCGCGUGAAUCCCUGGAGCUGGUGUUCGACCGAUACCCGAAAUGGAAGCAAAAAGUACUGCGCAUCGCCAAUAUUCACCGGGAGCAGGCGCGACUGGUCCACCUCUCGCGUAAAAAACAACGACUCGGAUUAACCACUGCUGCUAGCAUGCUGUCACGCUCGGAUAUCAUGAAUUGGCACGCUGAGAGCUUGAAGGAGAUACGGCAUCACACACAUUUGCAACGAAUCAACGAUCAUAGCAGCCCAAAUGUGAUGUACCGAGCAAUCCUCAAGGCUCUCUCCAGGUUGUGUGACUAUGCUCUUCAUGGCGUCGACGUGCAGAGUCAAAUUCACUUGUUUUGGCUCCGAUUCGUCAUAUCCUGUACCGCGUACGUCUCUAUCCUGAUCCCGUACGAGCUCACUAUGGAUCCGAUGGACCGUGCGACUGCAGCGACUACGAUAGCGAAACGUUGCGAGUUAUUGUGCGAGGUCGUUUUCGCGCUGGACGUGUGGUUUAGCUGGCACAUUCGCGAAUCGCCUGACGCUAUGGAGCUUUACGAUGAAAAUCUACGCAGAUUUCCGUGGUUCAAAAUGCUGCGCUGCGUCAAGAUUCUCAACAUGAAACGAUACCUGGACGAACUAAAUCGGCGCAGUGUAGCCAGCGAGAUCACGCGCUUCUCACAUGUGUCGAUGUUGUACUUGUUGGUGAUAUAUUGGUCGGCUUGUGCCUAUCUAGCAGUGGCCACCAGAGUGGGCUUUGCUUCAGACUGGGAAGAUUGGCUCCCAUCUCAAGAAUUGCAGCUCGAGGACCCUCUAAACCCGUCCUCGAAGCAACUAGCACUCCGCCUUCUUCGCGGACUCUCCUUCGCUGUCACCACAAUUGUCAAGAAGACGUACAUCCCUACACCCACGACAGCGCUUGUGUUCGUGUUCCACAUUGUGAUGUCGUUCAUCGGUCUCCUGGUCAUGUCGUACGUGAUCGGGGAGCUCGCAAGUCUCUUCAUAUCGUACAUCGAUCUCGAAGUUGGAUUCCGCAAGAACUGCAUCGCUGUCGAGCUGUACCUACGCCGUCUUCGACUGAGUGAGCAGCUUAAAGCCCGCACGACUGCCUUUAUGACGUCGCUGUGGUCCUCUCACGCGGGUGUUAAUUACGAGGAGCUUCUGGCCGAAAUGCCGUGUGAUAUCCGUGUAGCGUGUGUGCUCCACGUCUCGAACAAGCCCUUGGACUGGUUCAUAAUGAAAGUUGCAACCCCGCUGUGCUGGGAAGGGGACGAAAGCACUGACGCACUCACUCUUUCGUUGGCCAAGCGACUACGCUUUGAGAGCUACCCGCGCGACGAAAACGUCGUCGCCGAAGGCAGCGUCGUUCGCGCCAUGUACUUCGUGAUCAAAGGCCAUUUGAAGAUGGAGAGCCGAUUUCUCAUCCACCGCGCACUGGGUCUCCGUGACGGCAGCUACUUCGGUGAACGCGGAUUGCUCGCCUGUAAUAUCAGUGCCUACAAUGUACGCACGGUGCGCGCGUGCGAUCUGCUUUCGCUGAGCUCCGAGGCCUUUGCUCAAGUGCUAAACAAGUAUCCCUUCUCACGUCUGGCGCUCAAGCUCUGCUAUGCUGCGUCCAAGCUUCUGAAGGUGCAGAAUAUAGCGUCGUGCUCAAAGCCAAACAUGGAGGAGCACUGGGGGGCGGCGCUGCUCGUUGUCCACCCUGAAGGGCCCGCUGCCUUCGAUGCGUCGGGGGCCUCAACUAGAAUCAAGGAGGCGGAGGGGCAAGGGAUGCAGCAGAACAAUGACGCACCAGCAAAGAGGCCAGAAUUCAAGGCACCACCGACAGUCACCGCUGAAUGGGGAGAGCUACCUGCUCACAUCGAUGAAAUGUUUAACGCGCUGGAUACAGCUCAAUGCUGCUUUGAGGCGUUUGCACCGCUGCUCCACAUCGUACUGGCGACCGACCCGCUUGAUUGGAAAGCAAGCUUUGAUUCAUCAACUAGCGCUAAGAUAGCGCCAGAGGCGUCAACUCCAGCUAAAGAGUAUCUCGCGUCUGACCGCAGAACUGAGAUCUUGGCCAUCGCCGCGAUCCUUUGCAGGACCCGCACGCCACCAAGCGAUGAUGAGAGGAGGUGCGAAGGGCAAGGCGAGUGCUCGGAGCAAGGUGAGCGCGAAGAGCAGGAUGAGCGCCAGAAGCAGAGUGAGCACAAGAAGCAGUGUGGCCAGCAGGAGCAGCGAUAUGCAGUCGUGGAUAAUGUCCCGCGUCUACACACCCGGGUGGGCAAAGUGUUAGCAGACGACCGUCAGAAUGCCUUCGACCCGAACGCGCGCGCCGUGAAGCUCUGGGACCAAGCCCUCCUGCUCUGUCUCCUCCUCGAGGCGUUCGUGCUACCCUAUUUUUUAUCGUUCCAGCCCGAGGUCGUUGGCGCGAUGUCGACGUUUUCUGUGCUGGUGGUCGCGGGUGAUGUUGUAUUCGCGAUAGACUUGUUAGUGCAAGCCCACAUGGGCUACUACUCGGACGGGAAUCUCAUUCGAGACAAGAAGCGCACGAUCCGGAGAUAUGUGCGCUCGCCUCAGUUCGCAUUGGAUUUUAUCGCCAUAGUACCGACUCAGGUGCUGGUAAUAGGAUACCCUAAGCUGGUGAACGAGCUGCUGUUCCUGAAACUUUUGAGGUGGUCGCGACUCCCCCACCUCGUGUCGAGUGUGGAUGAAUUUUACGCCAAGCAUUUCGUGGUGCUAAAACUUCUCAAGGUGUUGGUAUCUACCGUGUAUCUGGCGCAUGUUCUAGCGUGCGUACGCUACAUCUUCGGAGAGGAUCAAAACCAUACUGAUCCAUGGCUGCCGAAAGCCCUGUCGCACGGACACUCGCUGCACCGAGAUUAUCUAAUGUCGCUCUUCUGGAGCGUGGGGAUCAUGACGGGACUUUUCGAGGGAGAACUGCCUCGCCACAGUUCGGAAUUCCUGUUCACGAUCUUGGUUUCGCUCUGCGGGUUCUCCAUGUUCACGACGUUAUGCGCUACAAUCUUCGUGAUCUCGAAGUGUGAGAGUGGCAACGCUGAAGCGAUGAGCGCGCGCAUCAAUCAACUCGUGCAUGUGCUCUCAUUCCACCACGUACCGGAAAGCCAGCAAACUCAAGCCAUCGAGUACCUAAAGGCUGGUGCUAGCGAGCGCGCCACCCAGACGCUACCAUUUGUCCACAUCGAAUUUCGGAGAUUUUUGGGGGUCUUCCCGCGCCACACUGGAGUGAUCAUCAUCUCUGUUAUACCGUCCCGCGAGCGCAAAAUAUCCCCAACCACUCUGAUAAUUCCCGAGCUCUCGAAAGCCCAGUCGCCUAUGCUAAAGUCGACACUGGCCCAAAUCUCGCUCUUUGUCGGCUGCAACGACCAGUUUAUCGUGGCCAUGACGAGUCUGCUCGAAUUGGCUGCAGUGCCAGCUCAGACCACAUUAUUCUCCGAAGGCGACCACGGGAGCGCGAUGUACGUCGUCCGAUCAGGAGUUCUUGCCGUCGUAGCCCGAUCCGUGACUGUACUGGAGAUGCGGAAGGGGAGUUGCUUCGGCGAGCUGUUUGUGUUCUCUUCGCUGCCCUGCACGGCCACGGUCAUCUCGACUACGUACGCGAAUCUGUACAAGCUCUCUCGAUUCCACCGCGAGCGCGUGCUGGAGGGGUACCCGGACUGCGCGUCGGUCAUCGCUGUCCACGUGAAAGACAUCCUCAGGCAGCUCAACAUCAGCGAAGACGACUCGGGCAGCAAUACGUCGUACAACUCCAUCUCGUCUCGAAGCAAUUGA